UUUUUUUUCAGAGAAUUGAGGUUCAAUGAGGUACUCAACUGGAGCAGUGACCACAGCGUUGUAACAUUCAUGCCAAAUAGAACAUACAUUUUUGAUCCAGAAACAUCAUGUGAUGGCUGUGAUGACAAGAAUGACUCAUUUUUCACUGUCAACAUUCCACUAUUGGUACGUAGUCAAUGUAACUCUUUGUUUCCUAUUUUCAUGUUACUCUCUUUGUCAUGCAUAUCAAGUCACUAAACAAAUUUAGAGGAAGUUGCUGAAAAAUAAUUUAUAUACAUUGUAAAAUUAAUUUUUAAUACCAGUAUAAGCAAUGCAAUCAUGUAAUCAUUUGUAUUUAAUUGUUAAACAUUGUCACAGUCAAUAAGCAAUAUUCAAAUGGCGGGUGUAGCGACUCUAUAUGUGCAGUGUUCUUACCAGACCACGGUGUUGCUGCAUUACCGCACUUUUUAGGGAAAUGCCGCACUAUAUGUAACCGAGCUCGAUAAUUAGCUCACAAAGCAUUUUCUUUUCGGUAUUAUUUUUGCGGUUCCGUUUAUCGUUUUCCCACGGUACGCGUUUCUUUAGUUGUGCUUUGUGGUUAGCCGUGUUUUAUCUAGCUCUGUGAUUUCUCCGCCUUUACACCCAUAAACAGGAAAGAAAUUAAUUGAUUUUAGCUCGCUUUAAUUUGCCGCCAUUGCUGUAGUUAACCGCGAGACUCUCCAUUUGUUUCCUACUAUUGUAUUAACAGAACACGUAUGUAUUCUGCGGUAAAGCGAUAAUAGUGUUUCGCAAACAGGCGUAUUGCCAAAAGGAAGAUUUCACCGUUUUGUGGCUUACCUAGCUAUAGUUGUCCAAUUGUAUUGCUAAUAACAGGAUGCGAGCUGUUUGUGUUCCGCGCGAUAUAAAUACGCCUGCACGUAGCGUUUCUACGCAUUACUACAGUUCCAGUUGCCGCGUUCACUAGUCAAGCCGUAGGACAUAGUUUUGUAGAGUUCUCCCCUCGUUGGAGUGAGUAAGUGUUCUCCUUUUGCUGUUUUUCCUAGGAUGUUCUUCGUUCUCCUUCGAGGUCAUCGUGUUUAUGAAACGUCCAGCGACCGUAGUAUUACUUUCGUGUUGUAGAUUUCAUCGUUUCUUGGUUUUGUUGUUUUCCGCUGUUGUAUCGAGCACUUUCGCUCUGAAAUCAUUGUCCUUUAGUUUCGUAGCCGUUGUUAUUCCUCUAGCGUAAUGUUUUGCUUAGUUUUGCCACCGUUUUGUGCGAGAUCGUAGAUCACAACCUUUCAGUUUGACCUCGUUUAGCUUGUGUUUUCUUGUCUUCGUAUCAUAUGACUCUUGACAGGAGUCACGUGCUAUUUGUCACGCUUGUUCUUCUUUCGUGACCUAGCAUGAUGUUUCCUAGCGUGUUUUGUUUACUUUUCACAUUUUAGUGUACUUUUGUUCUCUUAGUUGUAUUGUUUAGCUGUCGUAGUAAUUUUUAGCGUCGUUGUUUCCUUUUAGCGCUAUUGCCCUUUUCAUCGCCCCUUUUCUUUCUCUUUUUGUUGCUUUAUUCGUUUUCCUAGUAUUUGUUUUUUAUUGUAUUUCUUUCCCACUAAUUGGCCAUUAAAUUCUUGUUUGUUUUGUACGCAUUUUGUCUUUCAUUGGUUGUCAUUCGCUACCUCCCCUACUCGCGCGGCUCGGUCACAUAUAUUUAACACCAUACGUUUUAAAUAUUAUCCCAAGGGGGUCCAUCACAAAACGUAUGUAAACAUAGAUACAUAAUUAUCUAUACCUAGUUACAUUUCCUAAAAAAAUAAUUAAUCGAUUGUGGCGUCUUUAGAAUACACCCAUCAUUAUCUUAGAAAGAACGAGGUAUUUACUCUAACUCAGACCCGUCCUGUAAAAAGGUUGAGUUAACUGUAUCUAAAAAUUGUGACCCACUUUUCUCCCUCAUGACCCUCUUUUAGCUUCUCUAUCACUAUGGGUUCUGUGGACCCCAGUCUAGAAAAUAUUGGUACAUGUAAGAACAUUGCAUGUACAUUGCCAAUUGUGAGAAAUGCAGGUAAUAAGCAAACAAUAAACAUUGGGUACAAAUUAAGGUGUAACCAUGGCAACCUGCUGUUUGUCACCCCACCCGCCUCCCACCACCUCCACCACACCACCUACACUUGUCACACUUAUCUCUCAGACGUAUGGCACAUAAAGAACAAUACUGAACAAAAACUAAAACCAUUGCAAAUUUUGACUGUAAAAAUUGAUCAAACUAAAAAUAUUACAAAUGAAACAUGAAUCCAAGUGUCAGCUGGGACCAGGUCCUCAUCUUGGCAGACUUUUGUAUUUUAUAAUUUGGCAGAUGUAGAUAUAAUUUAAUUAUAUCUACAUCUGCCAAGUCCACCAGCUCACAAUACAGUCCAUUCAACCAUACUGCCUUUAUGUUAAUAUCGAGUAAUUUUUGCUUGGAAAAGGUGACAUUAAAGUUACACCUACGGUACAUUAUUUUUACAAUGAACAUAUUAUUUCUUACAGAGUGUGGCCUUGUGGUUAAGAAAUUCUGACUACAGACACAGAGAAAAGCAUUUGUGGUGCUUGCCUGGAGUGCAGGGUGAAGCUUAUAAGCUAAAAGUACAUUUGUUUCAAAGGAAGACAGUGUCUGAUAUUCUCUGGGGAUACACCGACCCAUUUCUUGACUUUCUGAAGAAGCCACAUCUUGGUUGCCAAGGCAAAAAGGGAUUGUCAUCCUUUGUUCAGUUGCAGGUUUGUGUUGUGAUUUAAUUUAUGAUAAAUAAAGAAAAAUGGUAAAUUUUAAGCUUGGUGUAGAAAUGAGAAAAAUGAUGUAACCAACUUGACGCCAGCGGACAAAGAGAAAAACCUAAGUCCCCAGCAGGAAUUGAACCUAUGACCUUCCAUCCACAGUCAGAUGCUCUAAUCACUGAGCUACAAAGGACUCAUAGCGAGCUUGGCCAUACACAAGGUUCAUGUAGGACAUGCGUCCUGUAUGCUGCUAGGAUCGGCAAUGUGGAAAUCGUCACGUGUGUAAUAAAUAAGGAAAGAUGAUAAAUUUUGAGCUCGGUGAGUUAUCUAACCUCGCAGUACUUUGCCAGGCUGGAUAAGUUCUGAAAGAUUCAUCUAAGUCAUUCAUUCGGUUGGUGAUUCUACAUCCUCAGCCAGUCCGUCUCAUCCCAAAUCAGUGCCAGAUUCAGACGGUCGUCCAGACCCUGAGAUAACGGGGGGGGGGGGGGGGAGGGGGACAGUCUGCCAAAAUGUUUUUUGGGCCCCUCGGGCCUCAGUUUGGUCUAAGACAAAUGUUUAGUGCUACAGACUAUGCAUGGGUUCGAAUUUUUUUCCCUUUUUUAGUACAAUAACACAUAUUACGGAAUAAGUGCUGUUCACACUGGACAAGACUUCAUCAGUAAGCUAGACCAAUUUACAAUGUGGAGAGGACAAACGUGAGAACUCAAUCAGGAUAUUAUGAUAAUUUAUAUAUAACUAUUCAUGUACUUGUAUUGCCUAAAUUAUUAAUAUGUAUGGUUCAAUAAUUAUUUGACCUCUUACCACCCCCCGAGAAACCCCCGAGACAAGUUCAGCCCUCCGGGCCCGGGAUGGGGAAUUAUUUCAGGCGAUCCCGCCCCGGUGGUAGGGGGAGGGAUAGGGCAAAUUAAAAGUAGCUUCUCUUUGAUUUUGCGAAGUACGUGUUAUUUCUCGCGAAGAGUUAUCAUGGUUGUGUAAUAGUUUGUAUAACGAUGGGGAUGAACGACGAUAUCGCCGCUAUUGCAGUAACGAGCGAAGCUCUGGCUCUUCGACCUCGAAGGCCUAAAAACGAGUUUUAUCCCUUACUUAUCGCGUUCGUUUCGUCUCAUCAAGGCUUUAAAAGAACGAGACACAUUGCGCUUUUAUCGAGCUUUUUUCGUCUAAUCAUGGCUUUAAGAACGAGAUAUAUUUCACGCACUGGUUUUUCAGGGGCACCCAACGACUAUUUUCUGUAAAGUAUCUGUUCGGAGAAGCAAAUAUUGCCUAGAAUUUUCUAUAAUCUGAGGACGGCUAAAAAUUUCUAUAUGACCGUACCAUUCAUCCAAUAAAUCUGCUACUAUUUUCUGAAGUUUAAUUUUUCACAUUUUACUCCCAGGUUAUGCUAUUUUCGUAGUAAAAAGGAAACCUAAAAUUUUCGGAUUCAAAAAUGCCAUGUAGGGAGUAAUUAGAAACAUUAUCACUUUCGUAAAACGUCAAAUUGCAUCCAAAAUUUUCAGGAAAGUACUACUGGAGCCCUGAUAAUUUCGAACAGACUCAAGUUGCCCUAGGAUGACCGAACAGAUGCAAAUUUUAUAGCGCCGCUUAGAAUGCAUUUCUAGAGAUCUAAAAGUACUGUGGAUAGCCUAAAACGUGUUUUCAAUGUAUGUAGGAGGAAAACGUCGUUGGGUGCCCCUGUUUUUUCCACGUUAUUUCUUUGUUUACAUUAUACCUAACCAAAGAUUUCGGGCGGGAUGACUUUUGGACGGCUUUACCGGCUUUGAUCAGUUUGAUUUUUUCCUUCUUUCUUAUUUCCUAGCAAUUUAACAUGGUGGAGCGAUAAGUAUGCAAACAUGAUUAAUGGCACAGGUAUGUUUAGUGUGCUAUACCAUGCUUUUUGAGAAAAACAUGUUUAAAGUGCUAUACCAUACAUGCUGGAAAAAAAUCGACGAAGACGGUUGCCAGAAGUUAAAUAUACAAACGAACAGAACCAACGCCGGACGAAACUUAUAUUUUUAAACCGGGGGGGGGGGGCUUAUUUUUGUAUGGGCUAUAUAGGUAUGUGAAAUUUGAAGGGUAUGGUUUUGGAGCAGUUUAUUCCAGGAUAGGAAAUAUAAAUCAGAGCGUUUGUUUUCUUAGAAUUUGGUAUCAUUUUCAGGAAACUGAUCAGUUGGUUGAAGAUUUUAUUUAGACUAGGGAAAUUUAACGGAGGAUAGGGGGAUUUGGGGAGUUUACUCUAGUAUAGGAUAGCAAAAGGGGCUGAACUAGCUCUGGAGGGGUUUAUUUUCAGGGUUUUACGGUACAUCCCCAAACAGAACGAACGCCGGACGAAACUGUGAUCUUCAUAGACUGGCCACUAACUUGUACUUGUCCUUCGUAAGUAAAGUAAAAAUGAUAAAACCCUUCUAUUGCUACUGCUGAAGAGCCAAAGAAUCUGGCCGUAUUGACCUGGUUGAAGCGCUGAUAACUGAGAAGAGAAGGAGGUCAUGUUCUCGUUUUACCCUGCUAGCAGAGUUUUCUCUCAUAUUGCAUGGUUUUUAGCGUCCACCAAGUCGUUCGCGUCACUUGUCAAUCGCGUAGCUGGUUUUUUUAUUCAGGGCGUAUAAAACAAACCAAUAGACUGCGAGCAGUGUCUCUUUUUCAUCCGGUUUAGUUAGGGGAGUGCACGCGGCAUCUCGCGCCAUCAGUCACACGCGUGACCCUUUGCGUGUCUCGCGUUUUGCUUGACCGUCUUCAGAAAAAAGAGAGACUGCUCAUAGUCUAACAAACCAACUACGCGACUUACAAGCCAAGCGAUCGAAGUCGUAGACACUAAAAGCCAUACAAGAGAGAAACCUCUGCUCAUAGCGUAUGCUCGUAUUGGUAAUCACAGUGAAAAAGUAUGCAUGAAUACACCGAUGUGACGAAAAGAAAAAUCAUGGAAUAUGGGAUUGGACAGGAGCAAACAAAUUAAUUAAUUUUAAACUUGAAACUUUAUAAAUUAUUAGGGACUUUAAGAUCCAACGACGCGACGGCAACGAGGGGAAAUCAUUGAAAAGCUUCAAAAAACCAAAAAGGCACGUGGGAAGCCGAAGAUCUUAGUUAUUCUUAAAAAACAACCGUGGUUUAGCUAUGUUUUUAAAUCUGAUUUGAUGAACAAUUCCGCUAGCCUUGUGAACGUGAUUGCAGGAAACUGUCAGACUCGUACCCAGUCGCUAUUUAAGUGUUUUUUUGGGGUGAGAGAAGAUUGGGGAUUAAGUUGAGGCGCGCGCCGGGUCUCAUGGGAAGGGAAGGAGGAAAAAUAGCGACUGGGCUAUUUUUCUUCCUUCCCUUCCCAUGAGACCCCGCGCGCGCCUCAACUUAAUCCCCAAUCUUCUCUCACCCCCAAAAACACUUAAAUAGCGACUGGGUACGAGUUCGGGAAACUGUGGAGUGGAAGUUUGCGAAAUACAACUUAAACGUCCCAACUUAAGUUGAGUUUGACCAGCAUUGAAACCUCACUCCUGGGGUGCUCCCGGGGUGCUCCAGGGGAAGGGAGGAAAAGACUCUUGAAAUGAAGUUUCCAACAUUGCCGAUUUAAUUGUAGAAGGAACUCAGUUUGCACCAAGACUUUCUAAAGAUGUUACUCUAUAUGCAUUUUCUCCAGAAAUUUGUAGGUAUGUAAUGUUUCCAAUCCGUGUUGCAUCAGAUCUCGUGAUCACAGUGCUCUUUUGUUUUGCUACUUGUCGGAUUAGUUAGCGUGAAAGAUUGCUUUUUCCGAUGAGGAGCGGGGAGUUGGGGGUAAAUAAUGUAGCGUAUCAAAAACUGUCAAAUUCUUAGUCAGUAAGCAAAAGAAACAGUUUUACAUAGAAUCCAUUGAAUUGCUUUUUGUGCUUCUGUUACUGGAGCUGCAGACUAAGAGUUUUCCCCUUAUUUCUUUACUUUCCAAUGGACCUUUUUACCGAUACGGCGGCCAUAUUGAAUUUAUUAGAUUUAAGGAGUAUUAUGGGAUGCCCAUGGGGCACUCGCUCAGUAUUUAUGUGCGCUUUUCGGGCAAAAAGAUCAUUAUUACAUCCCAUCACGGCGCAACGAUCUUUUUUCCCACUGCCAUCUUUUUCUAGGAAAACUUAAAGAAAAAUUGGCCCGAAAAGCGCGCGUAAAUACUGUUGCGAGUUUAUCGGAUCAGUGCUCAUGCCCCCUGGGGAUCCCAUAAUACUUGACAAGCAGGCAGCAUCAGGGGCAGGGGGAUGGGGGUAAUCGUUUUCUUCAGUACACCUAUAGGGGCAAACAGUUUCGACCCAUGUAAGGUAAUUCGGAUUCCGGAAUCCGGAAAUUUUUGCUUGAGAAAUCCGCCAUCUGGGUAAUGUUUGCCUUCUGGAAUCCGUAAUCCUGGGCUUUGGAAUCCGGAAUACGCUAUUGGAAUCCAGAAUUCCGCUACCGUUUGGAAUCCGGAGUCCACGUUCCACUGACAAAGAAUCUGGAUUGCAGUACUUGGAAUCCGGAGUCCCCUGCCUUGGAUUCCUUUACAAAGGGAGGUUAAAAUCCACUCCUUGCCAAACAACUUCCGUGUCAUGUUUGUAGGAUUAAUGACACUCGAUUUCUUGCGUUUUUGAUUGUUGUAACUAUCAUCCAUUCUCUUUAAUUAGAUCAACAUUUUGUAAACUUUAAAUCUUUUGUAUUCUCACCACCAAGGCCAUUUGCAACUUAAUCUAACAGGUAUUUUCCCACCACACUGAUUUGGCAGCACUUAAUAAUAACAGAGUACUAAUACUUAAAUUUUUGGUUUCCAACAGAUCUGUUUAUUUUAAUUAUGAAUCCACUGUGACAGUCAAGGGAAUUAAACUGUAUCGCUUCAUAGCCCCGGAUGAACUCUACUUAAGUGGUGACAUUUAUCCUCCCAACAAAGGAUUCUGUGUUCCUCCUCGCUGUUUACCAACUGGUCUUCUCAAUGUCAGCCUUUGCCAGCCACAAAGUAAGUGAAGGCCUCUUUCCUUUAGAACACUUAGGGUGCGUUGCUUUGAGAUGAUCCGGAUCAGGAUCAGUGAUCCGAGAUCACUCUGAUCAUGGUAGAUCAAAUGAACCGAUGAAUCCACCUGAUCCACUCUGGACAAGGACUCAUCGGUUCAUUUGAUCUACCAUGAUCCGAGUAAUCUUGGAUCACUGAUCCUGAUCUGGAUCAUCCCAAAGGAACGCACCCUAGAUUCACUACACUCACUGGUCAUGUUGACUGGUCACGCACACUCUUAUUCUUGUGAACAAUCAGCCAAUUCCAUUAAAUCUUAGAUUCGGGCUUUCGUCUGGGGAACGUUAAAAAAGAAAUGAUCAAGCUGUUUUAAUACCAAACUAAAGUAAAAUUCUUUAAGCACUUUGCAAUUGUAGCCAUUGAAGUUUCGAUCUUCGUUCUGGUAACGGUUCCCUCAGCACUCCGUAUUUAUAGUUUAGUGUCGAAACAGAGACCAGGAACUAUCUUUGGUAAAGUAAGCCUUCUUGUUCAAUAUGCCACUCUUAGUAAAAUGGUCUAGUAACGACUAGAUCAAGUUAAUGAUAGUUUUUGGCUUACUGGCUGCCAUUAGUUAACCACCGAAAAUUAUGAAGAGCUUUGAAAGAGUAUCAAACUGAGCUAGUGAUGUUAUUUUUUAUUUGUGCCUGCGUAUUUGUAGAUCCACCAGUGGCUCUUUCUCCGCCACAUUUUUAUCAAGGAAACAAGUCGCUGGUAGAAGCAGUUCAUGGGUUAAACCCUCAAAAAAGUCUGCACGAAACGUUUGCCGAUAUCGAGCCGGUAAGGAGAAACCUCAAACCUCUAGGCUACGUAGCAUGCUCAGGCGCCGGAUUUAUGAGGGCGAAGGGAGGAAUUUCGAAGACACGCGCCGCGCGCACGUGUUCUCCUCGCGCGCUUUAUAGAGACUAACCAAAAAAACAAACCGGCACCUGCCAACGCCUGCCACGCAGGGUAGAAACCUCUGUCAAUUUUAAAUGCUAUACGACACAUUUUCUUAGCUAUAACGUCAUAGAACUCGAUGUAUAUGUUGUGGUUCAAUUUCAUUUGUUUCAAACUCAUUAUCAUGCAUUACCAUUCCCAGAAAUAAAAGGAAAUGCAAAAUUUUUUAAAUCCAAGGAUAAAACCAAACCACAAUAUAGCGUUUUUGUUGUCAUUAUCUCUAGAUAACAGGAAUAGUUAUGCGUGUAGCCAAGAGAGUCCAGAUCAAUGUGGCUUUGGAACCUGUCAGUAUUUUAGAGUGAGUAACGGAAAAGUUUUCGCUUGUAGCUAAUUUAUUUUGAAUUUCUUAGUUAUCUGAGCAACGAUAUAACCGUCAAUCCUUUUGUUUUUAUUUGCAGUCAAACAAAAGGCAAAUUUAAGCCUGUUUUCCUUCCUGUCAUGUUUGCUUGUGAGGUAGGUUUUGAGGGCUAUGUUGUUGUAUUUUGUUUCAGCUUGUUGAUUUAGCUGGUUGUUGUGCCUAUAAAUGCAUAAGGGAGGGUGAAUUCCGUGAUGUUAUUGGGGCAUCAAAAUCAAACCUGUACCAUACGCCUAAGUCAAUUAACUUACUCCUUUUAAAUUGGAUGACUCGUAGUCUUCAAAUGUACGCAGAUGGAUGGUGGCCGUUGUGAGCUGGGACCUCAUCCUGUUACUGACUCCCCUCCCCCCUCCCCCCCUUGUUUGUUUGUAUCCCAAAAUUGAUCGAUUUUGUGUAAAUUAAUUUGCACGUGUUUUCGUGGACAUGGAGGAUUAUUUACACGUAACUGCAAUAAAGUUGCCAUAUAAAACAAACAAACAAAUAAAGCCUUAACUUGAUUUAACCAGUUCAUUGUUUUCAUCAAUUCAUCAGAUCCCUAUGAGAAUUACCAUAAAAUACUUCGAAUUAGCAAAAAGAAACAACGUCAUUCGGUUCAUUCAGUUUCUGGCUUGAUUAACCAGGGCAACCUCGUCCCCAGGGCUUUUCCCUUAAAAAAUGGGUGGGAAAAGCCCUGGGGACGAGGUUGUAACCAGGGUUGCGUAUUUCAUCUUGUACAAUGUCAAGUUCACAGUAAGGAUAGACUAACGAUGGCAACACAAUAAUCCUGAGCGAGGAUUCUGACCUGAUCGAUGCUGGGAUUUGAAAGAGCGAUGUGGAUCUCUAGACAGCCUCCUAGACGUUCCAAUUGACGGAGUGGAUAUUCCGUUAUUUUUUUCAACUCUCUUGAUAUUUUUGCCGAAAGCAAUUAGUUUCGUUGAGCUUGUAACAGUUAUGAAAGUAAACGCCUCCUGUCUAUUAAACGCCCCCGUUUGGACCCCUAAAACUAAAUAGACGCCCCGGGCGUUAUUAGGUCAUUUACAGUACUUGAUUUCUUUCUCAUGUGUACAUGUCAAUCUGGUAUGGGGAUUUUCGUCUUGCAGACUGCGGUGAUCAGUGACGAAAAAGCAGAGGAGUUUAAACGCAAAGUUUACCGCGGCAUCUUUUUAACGCAAGUCGCUGAGUAUUUCCUGAUAGCCUUGGGAUCGCUGUGCAUUGUUGUAGCCAUUGUGUUGGUUGUGAUUUCUGUACCACACAAAAAGUGCUUAGGGUUGUCUAUUCAGGUGAGUAGAAAUCGGUGUUGUUUAAUAUUGUUCCUGUCUUGAGCGAGCAACUCUCAUACUAGGCCUAUGACAAGGCGUUUUCACUGACCGGUUUAUUUUUAGCUCACUUUUUCCCUCGAAAGUGGAAUCUCUGCUCUCCGUGUAUGUGCGCAUUUUGUCCUUAAAACAUCAAAAGGAGAACCUUAACGGCAUUAAAAGGUCAAAGAUAUCAUUUUUAGGUCUGCAGGUUUUGAUGACUGGUUUGUAGGGCUUGAAAGACAUUCUUAAUUCGCGCCGAAGCCGUUCUAAAAAGGAAGCAGUCGGUGAAAACGCCGCGACACGAGUACACGUAUGGACGUCGCUCGCUCCGGGUCAUGGGCUCCUGCUUGACCGAAAUCAUGUGGAAAUGAAGGGAAUUAUGCUACCCCCCCCAAGUAGCCUGUGAGCGAUGAGGAUCGAGGUCCCUAAUCCGUUGGCAUCUACGGCCCGUUUCUCUCACAUUUUCAUCAAAAUUUUGUGUCAAGUAUUACAGAGUACACUUUUUCGUUUUAGGCUGAUGACAGUGAAAAAAGGACACUAAUUACUCAAGGAGGGUACGUGUUUACUUAAAAAACAUUAACUUCAAAAAAAAACUCAGACACGCGCGAACUUUGUGUAUGUUAUAGUUUGUCUGAGACUAUCUGAAAUAAUGUUCAUGAUGCUGUCAUCGUAAAUCGUUUUGUCCACGGUUACCAUACCGUUGCCUUUGUAUGGUUUCAAUAUGACAAUAGGGCCAUUUAUACGGGGAAAAGUAAGACACCACUUACAUAAGACGCGAACUUUCCGUAUAAACGGCACAUUUCGUCUAAAAUAAGACGCGUCUUAUUUAAGACGCGUCUUAUUUUAGAACAGCCGUUAACACCUGUUCUUAGAUAAUACGCGUCUUAGUUAAGACGAGAAAAACUUCGUAUAAAUGACCUUCGCGUGUUACAUAAGACGCGAACGCACAGUACGCAUGCGUUAAUUUUUGGCGCGCCAUGUUGGAUUGCCGUUGCCAUGGACAACAUUUACAUGAAAACGAGUCAAGAACAGAAAUAAGACGCGAACCAUUUUACACGAACUGUUCUCGUCUUAGAUAAGACAUGCUCGUAUAAACGGUACAGUUCGCGUCUUAUUUAAGACGAGCCUUAUGUGAGACGCGUCUUAUUUUUCCACGUAUAAAUGGCCCUAAUGUUCUUGCUUUUCCUAAACUUCAUUUGGUAGCGUAUUAAGAGCAAGAGCGAGAACCAAAAACAAAGUCAACUCCCUUACGGCUUCGUCUCCACGAUACAAAAUAGUGCUCAAAUGUUGAUUGGCAAGUACUCCCUUCAUUGCCCCAACAUUGUUCCCCACCAUUGCGUUUAAACAAAUUGUCAGCAUUGCUUUUGGUUGUGGUUGCCCUUUGUUCCCAACCAAUCGUGGAUCAAUUUAGGUUUCUGGGAAACUGCCCACCUACCCCUUCCUUAAGCAAAUAUUAACACUUAUUUCUCAUUUAGGGCAAAAUUUUGGCCUAGGGAAUGAGUAGGUGAGCAGUUUCUAAGAAACCUGAAUUUAUCCCCAAUCGUGUGUGAUCAAAGGCAUUGACGGUUAAGGUGGUUUGCAGAGCACCUGAACAUGUGCCGUUUCUAGCCGGACAUAAACUAACUUCUGGUUAGCUAUCCUCUUCUUCCGCCAUGAUUGUGAGCUUUAUACAGCAGCUGUGAUAUUCCUGUUUCCCCGACGCUCUCAUCUGUGGGAGCUCGAAGAAAGAUACUUUGUCCUCUUUUGUUCAAACAUUUGGUUAGCUUUUGGUUUAACUCUAGCCCUCGCUCUUCCCUUUCCUCUACAUAAAAGAAUAAAUGGAAAUUUCUGUCGAGUCACCUACUUGACACUAUUUCUUUUGUUUUGUUCUUACAGAAAUAAAGUGUACACUUGAGAAUUUUGUCUACAUGAAAAUUGUUCUACACCAGGAUCUUGAGCAAGGCUAGGCCUCCCCGAACAAUCUUUUCCCGACUGAGUAGAAAUAACGAAAGUUAAUUUGCUUUUAUCUGUGCUGUGUCUCGCACGACAAAGGGUUGGCGCUAGAAACGAUAGCCUGCCAUUAUGUCUUACCUACAAUUCUUUUAGGAAGCUUAAGCAACGACGACGGCGACGGCUACGAAAACGUCACUUAAAACGUGAAUUCGCGCUGCCUCAAACUUUAUCGCGCUUAUUCAACAUAAGUCGUUUAAUUAGUGAAAUGUUGGCAAAUUUCUGCGUAGUUGAAUUCUAAAGGAUUUUAUCAAUGUUCAAGCGUGAUCACGUGCAAAGUUGUUAUUUUGCUAAAUCUAAACUUCUUGUUUUUUUGCCGUUCUUGUUGCAGUCGCCGUCGUCGUUUCUUCUUAGUUAAGCUCCCUAAUGGCGUCGGUAAAGAAGACCGCUUAGGUUUUAGUAGCAAAUUUAAACAACAACUUUUUACGUGUAUCAUCCUCUUUUAUACGUUUCUUUGCCGUUACUAAUAAUAAUAAUAACUAUAUUUAAUAUUUAUAUUGCGCAUUUUAUAUAAAAAUAAUCAAAUGCGCAUUACAAACAUUGCAGUAAAUACAAAAAUAAGAACCUAUUUACAGUCACCUUGGAAUCAAAGACGAAAACUACACUAUUUACAAUUGGUUAUAAGAAAAGCAAUUUGCAGAGAAACUAUAUAAAAAUCUAAAUGUAAACUAAUUGUAGUAACAAAAUGCCUUGCUGAAUAAAAAUUUCUUAAGUUUCUGUUUAAAAUCACUUUUGGUGCAAGCAGAUCUAAUGCUUACGGGGAGACUGUUCCAAAGCCGUGGCGCUGCCGCCAUGAAGGAUCGAUCCCCCAUGGUAACUUUUGUGAAACGCUUGGGGUGCUCAGAAGAAUUCCCUUGUCAUUUCGCCGUAAAUCAUAACGCAAUGGCGGUAAAACAGAAAUUAAAUCAAUGAGAUAUGUAGGCGCUGAACCUUGGAGUACUUUAAAGGUGAUCAAAACGAUUUUAAACUCGAUACGUAGGCGGAUAGGCAAUCAGUGAAGUUUUUAAAGGAGCGGCGUAAUUUGACAGUGUUUAGGUGCGCAGAAGAUCAAUGGCGCAAUGGCAUCCAUGACACGCUGGAGUUUUUGCAUGUGAUGGUCGGGAACGCCAUAGAGGAGACUGUUGCAAUAGUCUAACCUACCGGUUAUAAAUGCAUGAAUCAGUUUCUCAGUACAUUCACUAGCAAGGUGUGUAGGAUAUUAUACAGAUAAAAGAAUGCGCUACCCCAGGUCUUCGUUAUAUGCCUUGCUAUAUCCAUGUGCGAGUCGAACCAGGAGCCCAGAUUUUUUGCCGAGUAUAUGGGAAUUACAUCAACGUUGCCAACCCAAAUUCUGCUAACAGACACUUUAGCUGCUUGCUCGUGCCGAUCACCAGAAACUCAGUCUUAUCAUCCUUCAACAUCAACUUAUCAUUAGUCAUCCAUGAACGAACAUCAGCGAUGCAUUUCUCCAUAGCAUCUAGCGCCUCAACUUCACACGUACUCUCUAGUGAGCGAAAUGACAAGUAUAAUUGAGUAUCAUCUGCGUACGAGUGUGCAGACGGCAGGUGAGAUUUAAUAAUACUGAAAAGUUUGCUAGCAGACUUUGUGUUUUGAUUUUUUAUUUUCAUGAAAAAUCACAUCCUUUGACCUCCUGGGCGUGCGAAAAAAACCCCGCAGGAUGGCACAUGAAAGCAAUGAAACCCAUCAAAAAUUUUGCGCAAUAAGAGAAACAAGGGCAACGCAGCCAUAUAUUUCAGGGGACACGAGGGACACAAGAGAAACGUGGGAAAAAGGGACACGGGGGACACGAGAGACACCGAGGACACGAGACAUAAGAGGACACAAAAGGACACCAGGGGUCACAAGAGACACAGGGGAACACGGGACACAGGGAGGCACAAGGGGACACAAUAAACACAGGGGGAAACGGGACACAAGGGGACAGAGGGAACACAAGGGGACACAGGAUACACAAGGGGCACAGGGGACACGAGACAAAAGAGGACAGAGGGGACUCAAGGGGAUGCAGGGGACACAAUGUAAUACAGGGGAACACAGGGUUCUACAGGGUAACACAAGGGAACACAGGGUACCUCAGAGUAACACUGGGGGACACAGGGGACACAAGGGACAGAAGGGACAAAAAGGCUAGGGGACACAGGGGACAGUAAGUAAGAUUGUGGUCUGUUUAUGUAAUUUUUAUAAAAAUGUUUGGGUCAAAAAUAAGGACACUACUCAUUUCACUGGGUUGAAAAGAAUAUUCGCUUAAAAUAGAUGACUGAGAUCCCGUGGAGCUUUCCGGGAAAGCUGCUAUGAAUUUCCACGAAAUCGCGGCUGCCCCAAAACUAUUCUCUCUUUUGAAUAGAUCAUCUUGUUGGAAAGUCGUCGUUUUAUAUUAUCGGAGAAAUGUUCAGGACAAAUGAGCUUUUUGUGGAUUCGGUAACCAGCUAGCUGUACUUUGACGGCUAAAUUUAGCUUUUGCGUACAUGUAUUUAUUUUUAGUAGUACGUGAUGACUCAUCACGACACCAAAGACAAUGCGGGACUUUAUAGAUUUAAAUACCUUUUUCUAAAACAAUCACAAUAAUACUCGUAUCUUUUCUUAAAAUUCUUUUGCUAGUUUUCAAAUCUCUUAACAACCUUUCCCCUAGCUAUCUGGCGGACAGACUGAGUUAUCAAUCGCAUUCCACGGUCUUGCAGUCCGCAUCUAAGCAGCUGUUAGACCAACCUCAAUCAAUCACGAAAACUUACGGGGACAAGGCUUUUUCAGUAUGCGCCCCUAAACUGUGGAAUUCACUACCAUUAGAUUUGCGUAAGUCACCAUUUUCA